UAGAAUGCGCUAUGGAGCAAUAGAUUGGAACUGUGGAAAAAGCCGAAAAGCCGAAAGACAUCAAAGCUGGUAUUACUUCGCCUCUAUCAUGUCAAGCUUGUUCUUAUCAUUGCGUGGAUAGAUAUUUUGAGAGUACUGACUAUCAUUGACAAAUUCCAAGUGGCGAUAGGCAAACAGUUAUUCGUCAGCUAUUCAACAGAGCGUUCAACGACGGUCUAAUUCUUCAUUAGCUGUACAGAGCCAUUCCCCAAAUCAACUUUCAUCUUCCGUCAAAAUGGCAUCCACCGCUCGCAGCAUUCUGAAGAAACCCGUCAAGAUUGCUAUUGUACAGCUGUUAUCGGGCCUUGACAAGGCUGCAAAUCUGAAGCAUGCUGCUUCUCAAGUAGCAAAGGCUGCCUCGGGAGGAUCCAAGAUUGUCGUUCUCCCAGAAUGCUUCAACUCACCCUAUGGAACCGAUUUCUUUCCCAAAUAUGCAGAGACCUUGCUGCCUUUGCCUCCAGUAAAGGAGCAAGCCCCUUCUUACUAUGCUCUAUCGGCAAUGGCAGCAGAGAAUAAGGUGUACCUAAUUGGAGGCUCGAUUCCUGAGCUCAACCCUUCUACAAAGAAGCAUUACAAUACCUGUCUCAUAUUCGGACCCGAUGGUGCCUUGUUGUCGAUUCAUCGCAAGAUGCACCUCUUUGACGUCAAUAUUCCCGGCAAGAUUACCUUUCGGGAAUCUGACGUUCUCAGCCCAGGCAACAAGGUCACUCUCGUCGAUUUCCCCGAAUAUGGAAAAGUCGCUAUUGGUAUUUGCUACGAUAUUCGGUUCCCUGAACUUGCAACUAUUGCUGCUCGCAAAGGAGCAUUCGCCCUUAUCUACCCUGGCGCGUUCAAUCUCAUCACAGGCGCUCUUCACUGGAAGCUACUGGCCCAGGCACGAGCCGUCGACAACCAGAUUUACGUGGGAAUGUGCAGCCCUGCACGUAACCUGGAUGGUCCCUAUCAUGCCUGGGGCCACAGUAUGAUUCUCGACCCAAUGGCUGGUGUCUUGGCGGAGACUGAUGAAGGGGAGGCUAUCAUUGUGGCCGAACUGAACGAGGAGAGAAUUACGGAGACACGCAGAAACAUACCUUUAGAGACGCAGAGGCGAUUUGACGUAUAUCCUGACGUUAGUGAGGGCAAGGUGGCAUAUGAGGAUCCGGAUCUAUUGGGCCAGAUCCGUAACUAAUAAGAAGAGUCGAUAAGU